AUGGGCAUCGGCAAGCUUUACUACUGGACUGCUGGGAUGCUCUUCACCUACUUCUGUCUGGGAACACACUACAAGUCAUUCGACGGGGGAUUCCACCGACCCAAGAACCAGUUCAAGAAGGAGAAGGAGAAGGCUAAGCGAGCCGCCGAGGCCAAAGCCGAAAAGCUUGCUUCGGAACUCGGAAACGACAGCACCGUCGCCAGCGACGCUCACCGGAGACAGCGGCGGAGAGACGACACGCCCGCGCCCCGUCGCACACAGGGACAGGGACAUGGCGGCGAUGGGUGUCGGACUCGGGAGGGAGAAGCAGAAGCAGCCAGAAGGGGGAGACACGGGUACGGACGUGGACGUGGAGAUGGAGGAUCUGCCACCGACCGCUCCUCCCACCGCCACCACGCCUCCUCCCAUCGAACUCGAAGCGGCGGCGGCGGCGGAGGCGGAGGCGGAGGCGGAGGCGGAGGCGGAGGUGGACAGCGAGUCAAGCCGAAUCCCCACAGCGACUACGUCCCGGAGGCCGCCAUCUUCUCGCCACCACCACCGCCGUCGCCACUCCAACCCGUCCACAGCACGCAGCGGCACCACGGAGACGCCCUCCGCAAGCCAUCCGACUUCGCCACGCCGGACCACCACCAGCCGGGACACAGCACGCGACACGGCAGCUACGCGCCCUACAAGCAUCUCUACGGCGCCUACGACGACCAAUACCAUGCUCCCUUUGAGGGAACAUGAGCCGAAGCCGAGCUACUCGGUGGACGGUCUAUCAUCUACACCUACUCACCACGGCAAUCUGCACGCCAAUCUGCACCAGCGUCGUCUCUCCGUCUCUCCGCAAAAGUUCAACACGGGACACUUCGAGCCAUUGACCGUGCGUACCGAUCUCCCCAUUCCGGAAGGCGCGCCACCAGCCAAACGCAGCCGCACCCGCGCCGCGAACAAGAUCGAAAUCGUCUACGAUGCUGCCGGGACGCCUCGCAUCCAGACGACUCCGAAGACGACCGGCUUCAUCGCAAGCGUCAUGCCUCCCGACACCGCCCGAGAAACACGCACAAGCACCGCACCAGCAGACCACAUGAGCGCCGCAUCCCGACUCGACGGGGGCAAAGCUCCAAUGCGUAGGAGAAUCCCCUUCCAGCAACAGGGAUUCAGCAUCCUCGAAUCCUUUGUCCAAGACAACGCCCUCCUCCGGGAACUCAUCAGCUACCUGCCCCUCCCUUCCCUCGUCGACCUCUACGCCAUUUCCAAAUCCUUUCAUUGGACCUUCAACAAGCACAACACCGCCUACAUCCUCACCAGCAUGCGCACCUGGGCCCCCAAGGCGGAUGAGAUCUUCCCCUGGCGGUGUUAUGCGCGGUUGUGCAUCAAGGAUCCGAUCCGGCGUCAGAAGGAUCGGAGGCGGGUCAUGGUGGAGAAGUAUGGGGAGGCGGAUGUGGAAGCCUUGUUGGGCGUGGAGUUCUCCCGCGAUGUCCCUUCUAUGAGGUGGUUGAAGAUGGUCGUCUGGAGGGAGGGAGUGGUGAGGGACGUGAUGGUCCAGCUUGCUAGGAGGGGGUUGAUGGUAAUUGGGGGUACGAGGGAUGCCUUGAAGGUGAGUCUUACUUCCACCUAUCCCUGUACGCUUAUUCUUUCUCGAGCUGCUCUGCUGAUCUCAUGUCAUUUUUCUAGCGAAUCUGGUUCCUCAUGGACCUCCCCCUCAACGCCCACCGCGUCGCCCUCAUCCGCAACACGGACUACUUCCCCGACCGCUCCCUCGGCCACGCCCUCCACUUCCUCGUCCGAAUCGACAUGGCCCUGACCAACCCCAACUCCAAGUCCUACCCCCUCAACCACCCCAACCCUCGCCUCCGCGGCCGCUGCCUCACCGGCAUCAACCUCCGCGAGAAACUUACGGCCGAGAAAUCCCUGACCUUCCUCUGGCGCACCCUCCGCGGCUGGGGACCCGAGAAACACCCCCGGAGAUACGACCGCCCGAUCGACCAGGCCGACAUGAUCCGCCUCUGGGUCCGUCAUAGAGCCUUCCACGACCCCGUCACGACUCCGUACAGGGUCAAAUGCCAGGAAGUCGUGGGCUUGAAACUGUGGGAUAUCCCCCGCGCGGGGACGGAACGUGUCUCCCGGCCGCAGACGGAUGAUCGGCUGUCGGAUCAGGAACGUGCCAUGGCUGCCUUCACGCACAAGCAUCUGUACUUCCCCAAGCCGAUUCUGAGGCCGGAACAGCUGAUUAUUCGGGAGAGUCUGAGGCGGGAAUUGCUGACGAGCAGAGGGUGGGAUUUCAUCGGUGCUGUUGCGGAUGGGUUUGUGAGUAGCAAGGGGAGGAGGAUUCCCGUCUUUGGAGAGGGGCUUUUGUUGAGGUUCACCAUGGAGUGUGCUAGGGGGAGGAAGGCCAAUUUGUACGCCAUUGCCAAGGAGUAUGUUGGGGAGAGGAGGAAGAAGAGAGAGAAGAGGGAGGGAGACAAGAAGGAGAUGAUUGGAGUGGCGGGGGAGAUGACAGAGGAAUUGGGGAGCUUCUUGAAUUGGAAGGGCGAGAUGGCCUGUAAGGGGAAGAAGCGGGUGAUGAGAGGCUGA